UUUUCUGUGGAGUCUUUUCUGAUUCUCAUGAGACCUCUGUCUUCUGUGUCUCCUAGGAAGUUUAAUGGCACUUACCAGUGUAAGCUGUUACCAUGACUACUGAAGUUGGCUCCACAUCUGAAGUGAAGAAGGACUCUGACCAAUUGGGAGCAGGUGCAGCCAAGGAGAAAGCUAAAGAGGCAGCAGAAAAUCAGCAGAAUCAGUCAUCCAGUCAAGAGGAAGAAAAAGGCUCCCAGCCAUCUCCUGCAGCUGAAAGCCAAAGUAGUCUCCGCCGCCAGAAGCGAGAGAAGGAUCCAUCUGAGAGUAGAGGGAUUUCUCGCUUCAUACCCCCAUGGCUUAAGAAACAGAAGUCCUAUAACUUAGUGGUGGCCAAAGAUGGAGAAGCUAAAAAAGAGCCUCCCCAAGGUGCUGUGGAAGAACAAGUCUUAGACAAAGAGGACUCCCUUCCUGAAGAAGAGAGACGGGCCAAGGGUGAUACUGAAGAAGCCGCCCAGAGGACACCCCUGGAGGUGAAGGUGGACGUCCGAGAAGACAAGCCUGUAGUGGGCAGUGCCGAGACUCAGCCUGCUGAAAAAGUAAGGAAGGAGAGAGAAGAGGAGAAGGUUACGGAAACACAGGAAGACAAAUCAGGAGAAGCAGCAAACAGGGAGACCAAGGAAGUGCAGACCAAUGAGCUGAAAGCAGAGAAUGCCUCUCAGAGAGCCAGCAAGAAGACCAAAACUGUUCAGUGUAAAGUGGCCCUCCUGGACGGCGCCGAGUACAGCUGUGACCUGGAGAAACGUGCUAAGGGACAAGUAUUAUUUGACAAUGUAUGUGAACACCUCAAUCUCUUGGAAAAGGACUACUUUGGACUUUUGUUUCAGGAAAGCCCUGAGCAAAAAAACUGGCUAGAUCCUGCAAAAGAAAUAAAGAGACAGCUGCGAAAUCUUCCCUGGAUGUUCACGUUUAACGUGAAGUUUUAUCCUCCUGACCCUUCUCAAUUGACUGAAGACAUCACCAGAUACUUCUUGUGCCUUCAGCUCCGGCAGGACAUUGCCUCUGGUCGCCUGCCUUGUUCCUUUGUGACUCAUGCUCUUCUGGGGUCCUACACACUGCAGGCUGAACUUGGAGACUACGACCAGGAAGAGCAUGGCAGUAUGGACCUCAGUGACUUCCAGUUUGCCCCUACUCAGACUAAGGAACUGGAAGAGAAGGUGGCCGAGCUGCAUAAAACCCAUAGCCACCAGUGGUAAAAACAGAGAUGGUAACAAUUUCUGAUGCCUCACAAAGGACAGAAAUCUCCACCAAGGAAGUCCCCAUUGUCCAAACUGAGACCAAAACCAUCACAUAUGAGUCUCCACAGAUUGACGGUGGGGCUGCUGGUGAUUCGGGCACAUUGCUGAGCGCACAAACCAUCACAUCUGAGUCCAUGUCAACAACGACAACCACACACAUCACCAAGACUGUAAAAGGUGGAAUAUCUGAAACGAGAAUUGAGAAGCGCAUUGUGAUCACAGGAGAUGCAGAUAUCGACCAUGAUCAGGCGCUGGCUCAGGCGAUCAGGGAGGCCCGAGAGCAGCACCCUGACAUGUCGGUCACGAGGGUCGUUGUGCACAAAGAAACAGAGCUGGCGGAGGAAGGGGAAGAGUAACCGAGAAAGUCAUUUUUUAAACACACGUUCAACUUCAUGAACCUGAAGAAUUUUGAUCAUUUCGAGACUUAAUGCCACACCACUACUCCAGCAAAUUUGUGCUACGGCUGGUAACAAUGACCAGAAGCCUGAAGAAUUAAAAUGCCAACACCAAACCUUACCUUAACAGCUCUGGUCUAUACUGUUUCCCUGCGUUUUUAAUACGUUACUUUGUUUUAUAACCACUUCUAAAUAUUCUUGGUUCUUUCUCCCCCAAUUAAAGGGUUUUGAUUUUGUUUUCUAUUUACUUUGUGUACAACUACCUGCUUUUUAUAACCCAUUUGCUCACAUGACAGUGAACAAAGCCAGCAUGGGCUGGUAAGGUGCUGUUCACUUGAACAGGUGCUGUUGUGCAGAAAGGAAACUCUGUGACUAAUUUAGAUAGUGGUUUCCUCCUUCCAGAUUCUUCCCAUUGAAUUCUUACAGUAAAUAUUUACAGAGUUUUCAGAUUGCAGUCAAUAUACUGUCUGAGAAAAUAUUAAUACCAAUUAAAAGCAUUUCUUUCAUCUUGAAAAUUGUCUAAUGUUUGAGAAUUUCACUGGAAUGUCUUUUUAUAUUGAACCCUUUUGACUUUCCAGUCGUGUGACUUUUUACUUGCUGUAGAAAGUCGGAGACUCUCCAGACUGGAGAAUUAUGAAGUUCACUGACCACGCACUGUGUUCAGAGACCCUGUGGCACCAGAGUGCCAGUGCUUCUCAAACACAUGCUCUUUGACAGCGUCCAGAGCAGGAGGGAGCGGGGGAGACAGCUGUUCCUUCCCUCCUACUAAAAGAGCCAGGCAGCUUAAAACCUUAGUGCUUUCCUUCUUAACAUUUCCCAAUUCCAGUUCCUUUCAUUAUCUGAACACAUGGGCAGUACCCUUGCUUUUUAUUAAAUCUCCUUGUCUAUAUGUAAAACUGACCUUUUGUUAUUGAGCAGAUAUAUCUCUUUCAGAUAGCUUGAUGAUUCGUACAGAUUGAGGAUGCUGGGGAGAGGAGUAGGGGGCCACGGUGGUUUUUUGGUUGACUGUAAGGAAGCUAAACCAUUUAAAGCUGACACCAGAGGCCUGAUAGGGAUUUAUUAACUGUAUUGAACAUUUUCCCCUUGCUUUUGACCCUAUGUAUAGUUAUGAUGCCAGAUUAGAUUUAUAGCCGCUUCAAGUUGUAUUAAAUGAUAUUUUGCUUUCUGUAAUACUGUUAUAAAAUAAAGUUUGUUUAUUCUCUAAA